GCAAUCUGUAUCAGAUGUGACCAUACAUAAAGGGAAACAACUCAGAAAGAAAUCUAUAAUACCAUAUCUAUUUAUAGAUUAAACUUUGGUCUGACCGGUCACAUUCUAUAAUGACUUUUAUGUAAGACCAUAACAAAGAAAACCUAACGUCAAAGUGAAUGUGCACAUGUUUAAGAAACAGUUUGUUAGUAUGAAGAGUUAUUAACAGGUCCAGGUAUGAGGUGUGUGAGUGAUGUGCGGGUGCCUGUCUAUCUGCUGGUCGUCCUGUUUGGUAUGGGCUCCUGGGUGGCGGUGAACGGGCUCUGGGUGGAGCUACCCCUUCUGGUGGAUGGAGCACCUGAGGGCUGGGGGCUCCCCUCAUACAUCAUCAUUAUUGCCCAGCUAGCCAACAUAGGACCCUUAGUGUACACAAUCCUGAACAAGCUGGCCCCUAGAAAGGUGCAGGAGAAGCAUGGUGUGUUCUUCAUUGUCGCUGCUGGAGCCACUGCCUGCCUAUUGCUCGUGUUUUUGUGGAGGAAGACAGCUUAUAUUGGAGGUGUGAAGCACAGCACGGGGCUGAUAUUUUCGGCAUUUCUUCUGUCCAUGGCAGACUGUACAUCGUCAGUGGUGUUUCUGCCGUACAUGUCUAUGUUCAAGCCCCAGUACAUCUCAGCUCUGUACAUAGGUGAAGGCUUAAGUGGCCUUCUGCCCAGUCUGGUGGCACUGGGCCAGGGUGUGGGUAAAACUGUGUGUGUCAAUCAGACUGUGAACACUACUACAAAUGAGACAAAGAUGUUCCCGGAAUAUCUACCUCCUCAUUUUCCACUGGAACACUUCUUUUAUUUCCUAUUUGCAAUCAUGAUAACAUGUGGAUUGUCGUUUUCAUUACUCCAUUACCUGCCAUACUGCAAGCAAGAGCAUGUUUCAAACAAUGUGGACAUCUCAACAAAUACCAAGAUGUUGAGUGCAAGUACAGCGUCCUAUAGGUAUUCAGAGUUCAGAAAUGACGACAAUCUACAGUUAGAAUUUGAGCAACCAACACUGGGAAAGACAGCAUUUCUUCACAAAAGGAACUUUGUAUACCUGCUGGUAUUAGUUGGCAUUAUAAAUGCCCUUAUAAAUGGGAUUUUACCAUCUGUAUCAUCCUACGCAACUCUGCCGUACGGAACUGAGGCGUACCACCUAUCCAACACAUUGGGCAUGAUCGCAAACCCACUGGCAUGUGCCUUAGCUUUCUUUCUCCCUGUGAUGUCACUUCCUGUGAUAAGUAUAUCAACAUUCCUAGGAAUCGCUAUGGCAACAUUUGUACUGACAAUUGCUGCAUACAGCCCCUCACCCCCACUGUACACCGACAAUGGUGGACCAGCAUUAAUUGUUAUAGCCUCUGUUCUAGUCAGUGGUCUGAUGUCAUUUUCCAAAGUGAGUAUAGCCUCUGUGCUGCGGCUGAAUGGACGGAGGGCACUUUUGUUGUGUGGCAUUAUUACACAGGUCGGGUCCAUGCUCGGAGCCAUACUGAUGUUCAUCCUCGUCAACUUAAUGCAUUUAUUUCAUGACAAACAAGCAUGUAUUUAAUUGACAUUUUCUUGCAGACAAAAUGGUGAUAUACCUUGUUCUGUAACUGAUGUGAUUCAGACUUGGAAAGCAAAGACAGAACAAAAUGAUCUCUUUUUCUAAUAUUACAGAUUUCUUUAUAUUUCUGACAAAAUCAACUGUUUAAUUUGUGGUGAUGACCAACAUUUGUAGCACACUUUGAAAUAAUAAAGCUUCAAGCGGUAA